AUGCGUGAGUUUGCCGAGCACUUCGAAGCGGCCUCGUUGGCAAAGACCGCGAAGGUGAAGGACUUCAAGACGGACUUGGCAAAGAUCGGAUCCAAGUUCGCAAAGCUGUCGGUGCUUUGCACGCACAUCGGCUUCUCCGGGCUGGACAAGAUUUUGACGGCGGCGGCGGCAACCCGUGCGCAGCGGCGUGAGGGUCUCCCUCUUCUCACCACGAGGGUCAAGACAGCUGAAGCCUUGAACCCAGAGGAUAUAGAUCGCCCGCUGGAUAGCGACGAAGAGGUUCUACGGCAAUUCUUGCGGGGCUCGCCCAGGAUGAAGUACUUGCUUUGGGAAAUCCAGCGGGUGAUCUUGGGUAACACCAAGGUCGCCAGCCACCGAAAGAUCUUCGCAACCUUCCAAUUCCCCAGAUUCGCUGAGAUGUUCCUGAAGCUUGUGGAGUUCCUUGGAAUUUGUGCGGUCCUCCUGGACACCAACAUGCCUCCGGACGAGCGUCACAAGAAUAUCCGGGCCUUCGACGAAGAGGACAUGCCGCAAAUCCUCAUAACAAUGUAUGCUCUCAACAUCGCUGGCCAUGACGCUCAACAUCGUUGUGCUACCGUCGUGCAUGUUGAGCCGGCGUUCAACUGGGCUACGGAGCAUCAGGCGGCCUCACGAGUCUAUCGUUUUGGACAAGAACAAGCGGUCGAAAUCGUGCGCUUGUUCACGGAUGGUACGUACAAAGAGCUGCACGAAGCUGGCUCGAUCAAGAAGGCCAACUCCAUGUUUGCUACUUUUGGUGAGCUGCAAUCUGCAAGUGAGGGCCUCGAGGACCGGGAGAAGGUGACGACCGAGGAGAUCGCGAAAGGUGCAUUCGGCAUGGUCCGGGAUCGUGUGCGGGACCGCGACGACAAAGACGUGCAAUCAGCCAAGAAGGACGCUAUCACAAAGGCGAAAGGCAAGGCGAGAGUACCGUAA